AUGGUAUUGUCACAUAAUCUCCAAGACGUUUUUGAAGCUUCGUGUAAAUUUUCUCUAUUAAGUUUACCAACCCUGAAAGACAUUGGGUUGGAUAUUCAUUUUAGUGCAAUCGAUGUGAACAAUGCAACUACUACUACUACUGUAUAUAAUGGUCCAAAACCGAUACUCCCAUUUGCUUCGAGUGAACCAUUUGAAGCCAAUAUAAUUGAUUGGAGAUAUCUGUCCUCUCAAGACAAGAAAUGCAAGGCAGUUUAUGAGAUCACAUUUGAUAUUGCAAAAAGUAACUUUACAUUUAAGCCUGGUGAUACAAUAGGUAUUUUAGCACAAAAUUUGGAAGAAGAUGUAAACACAAUCAUAAACCAUUUAGAUUUAUCAUCUAAAGCCAAUUUACAGUACACACUCAGUGACUCUACAACUGAUAACCAUAAAGGUUGUAAGAUUCCCCCACAUAUACCUGUAAAAUCAACUAUAAGAUAUGUUUUGACUUCUUGUUGUGACAUCAGGGCUGUGCCAAAAAAGAUAUUUCUAUUGGCCUUAUCAAGACAUACAAAAGAUGAAGACGAGAGGAAGAUAUUAGAAUAUUUAUGCAGUAAAGAAGGCUCUAUAGCAUAUAAUAGUUAUGUACUAGACCAGCAAUUAUGCCUUUUAGAUUUACUUAUCAUAUUCAAGAGUUGUAAGCCGCCAAUACAAGUUUUACUAGGACAUUUACCAAGGCUACUGCCUAGGCCUUAUUCAAUUGUAAAUAGUAGUGUUAAGAAUCCGAAUGUAGUUAAAAUUUGCUUCUCUGUGAUGGAUUUAGGUCACAACAGGAAAGGUCUUGUAACUGGUUGGUUAGAGAAUAAAAUAAAAAGAGGAACAUACUCUAUAGAAGAGAAAAUGCGGUCCUUGAACCUAAGCAGUGAGUUGGAAAAAGUUUCGAUUUAUUUAAGGAGAAAUAUAUCAGGUUUCACACCACCUGUGGAUUUGAAAACACCUUUGAUAUUGAUAGCGACUGGCACAGGAAUUGCUCCAUUCAUUGGUUUUCUAGAACAGAGAUCAUAUUUAAAAGAAAGUAGUCAAGAAGUGGAUAUGGGCACUGUGUGGUUAUUUUUUGGAUGUAGACAUCCAAAUUCAGAUUUUAUUUAUGAAAAGGAGUUGAAUAUGUUUUUAAAUAAUAAGACGAUUGAUAGGUUCAAUAAAUCCUUCUCAAGGAUGGAGAAUGCUGAAAGCAAAUAUGUUCAGGAUGCUUUGAUGCACAAUGGCGAAGAUCUGGUUAGAUUAAUAGAGAGAGGCGCCUCUAUAUUUAUUUGUGGAGAUUUAAAGAAUAUGGCGGUGGCAGUCAAAGAUACGAUUAUCAAUUGUUUAGUGAAAUAUAGUAACAAAUCUCAAGAGGAGUCUAAAUCACUUUUAUCCAAUAUGCAGACAGAAAAGAAAUAUCUAGUGGAUAUAUGGAGUUGA